AUGUCUUCUUCUCCUGUUGUUUGGAAUCGUUUGAUCCGCUUUGUGGAUACCAAUGACAAGACCUACUAUGGCGAGCCUAUUGUCCCAUUUGACAAUGUCACUGUGGACCAGCUUUUGGCUGAUGGUACCUUGGAAGCCAAGGUCAUCACUGGUGAUCCUCUUACUGAGAGCGCUGUUAUCACUGAUCAAGUCGUCAAGGUAGCCAAAUUGCUUGCUCCUUUGGCACAAACUGAUAUCCCCAUCAUCAAAUGCGUUGGUCUUAAUUAUAAAACAAGCAAUCCCGAAGCCGCGGCCAAAAUCCCACCCUAUCCCUCUAUCUUUAUCAAGCCUUCGCAUGCUCAUGGUGAUGCCUACAUUGAUGUCACCGUCCCCAAGGUUGCUCAUGAUACUUUGGAUUAUGAGGGUGAAUUGGCUAUUGUGAUUGGCAAGACCGGCAAGGAUAUCCCUGCUGACAAGGUGUCAGAAUACAUUGCUGGAUACACUGUUGCUGAUGAUGUUUCCAACCGCCAAUGGCAAACGGAUCCCAAGUUUGCUGGUAUUGCUCCCCAAUGGUGCUUCUGCAAGGGCUUUGACAAUUUCUCUCCCUUGGGCCCUGCCAUUGUCUCCAACAAGCUCCUCGGAGACCGCCCUGCCUUGAACCUUAUUACCAAAGUGAACGGUGAAGUGCGUCAAGAUGCCAACACAAGUGAUCUCGUUUUUGGCGUUCCUGAGAUUGUGUCUUUUAUCUCUCAAGGCACCACCAUUGAAAAGGGUACCGUCAUCUUAACCGGCACACCUGCUGGUGUUGCUAUGGGUAUGAAGGAACCCAAGUGGCUCAAGGAUGGUGAUGUUGUUGACAUUACAAUCGCCCAGAUUGGCAGAAUUUGCAACAAGUUUGUCUUUGCAUCAUAA